UUCAUACCAGGUUUAUUUUACUAAUCUUUUAUCUAAAAUAAAAAUAGAAAUGAAACGCAAGCUUUAAUGGAUGAUCAAGAAAAAUCAGAAGUCACGGAAGAAAAAUCGUCGCAUGAAGAAAAUAUUAUUGGAAAGAAAUUAGUUAACAAUGCAAUUGUACAAACUCAAAAUGAUGCUGGUCCUUCUGGAAUCAUAAAUUUACCAGGAGCAAUACCACUCUCGCCCAGGAGUAAUUUUAGAACAGGAUUAUCGAAGUCAGAACAUAGUAUCAGACAAAUAAUAACAAGACAAGAUGUCGCCGAUGCUCUUAAGCUUACGUCAUUGAGCAUUAGUAAAGCAAAUCAACCAAAAAAUGUUAAAAUGAAUGAAAUUAAAAUACCAAUACUAGAAAAAUUUGAAAAUAAAGCAGAUGAUUCUAUAACAUAUAAUGAACUAAAAAAAUUUAUGGCCUCUUGUUUCAAAUUGAAUAAAACUGAACCUACAUCUGUAAAUGAAAACUCAAGUGUGAGUGUUAUCGCUGCUAUCAAUACUAUUGCUAACGAUUUGGUACAAAAUGUUCCGAACGUAAGUCUUAUAACAGAUAAAAAAUCCGUAAAUGAGGCUGUAACAAAAAAUGGUCCUAAACAAAAUAAAACACCUGAAGACAGUAACAAAAAUAAAUCAUCGGGUAAUGCUUCUGAAAGAUCGAACUUAGAAGUGGUCCAACGCGAUUCGCUAUCAAGCAUUGGCUCCAAUGUUUGCAGGAUUUGCAUGACAAGAGGAAAAGAAAGAUUAAUAUCGCCUUGCAAUUGCAAGGGGUCGCUGGCAAACGUCCACCUCUCGUGUUUGCAAAGGUGGCUUAAUCAAGUGGGCAGAAACCACUGUGAGCUGUGCGGUUUCAGUUACCCGGCGAUCCGCACGCCUCGGUACACCGUGCUACAGGCGCUCCGGCUGUGGUUCUGCAAUCCACGGAAUAGGAGUCACCUACAGUCGGAUUGCUUGAUUUUUUGGCUGCUCUCCACGGUAACCGCCGGCCUCAUGGCGGUAUGCAUCGUUGGCACACAAUACUUUGUGAUUGAGGGUAACAAUUUUGGUAAGCUCGAUGCAGCUAGAAAAAGUGAAGGUAUAUCGCAUCGUAUCACCGAAACUGCUAUGGAUUUCUUCAUGGCUAUAGUUUUGUGUGGGUACUCCGUAACAGUGUAUUUCCUGUGGAAGGACCACUACGUGAUGUGGAACCGCUGGCGUCGCGCCAAUGUUAAUGUUCAGCUUCUGCUCACCCCGGACGCGAACCCUGUUCCUUUUGUACCGAGAUCUAGAUAUAACGUCGUUUGA